AUGGUGUCCCGGUUUCCUCCAGCCCUCAAGGCCUUCCAGGGUGUCUCUCAUCCCAGGGAACCCAACAUCAUCGUGUGCGGCCCCAUCCUGCCAGGGGCAGUCCAGAGUUCAGAUUUCUCCACCUCUGCCCUGGGUGGGGACGUGCCCAUUGGUCCCCGCCCCCCCGAACCCUGGGGCUGGCACAUAGUCAGUAGGCAUCCCUUCAGCCUGCCGAGGACAGCCAGUCCCCUCCGGCCGUCGGAGCUCCGGGGCCCUGGCGCCCAGAGCAACCAAGGCCCCCGGGGCCUCCUGCUGCGGGAAGCCCAGGCCACUCACCCAGGCCCCCCGCUCUCCCAUGGUAGUCGUCUUUCCUCCAGCCUGGCCUUCAGGGGCAAUACAGGCGCCCUGGGGUCAAAGACGGGUUGGAACCGGGCAGAAUCCCGCUUCCCCGCGGAGGCCUGGCUCCUGGCACCCUGGCCUCGCCCUACGGCGGCCCUGUCCCGGGUCCAGGGCUCCCUGGCCCCCGUGACCUGCCUCCGAGCGCCAGUGCAGUGCCCCGGCCACACGUGGCGCGCCGGCCUCGGGCGGCAGGGGGCGCGCCAGGCCUCCGAACAAGGGGCCAGUCAGGAGGCGUGUGGCGCGGCAGGGGGCGCACGGCUCCAACCAGCUCGCUUGGACUCGGAGUGCAGGGAGCCCACGGCGGCCAACGCUUUGCGCGGCCGAGGCGGCACGAUGACAUGGACAACAGGCAGUUUCCAUUUGGCUUGGCCGACCGCUGGGGUCCCAGGCACGUGACUGGUUCCAGCAACAGCCCGCUCCCGUGACCGGGUCUGCCCGCAUUCCUGCCCUGUGCCAGGUCUCUGGCUCCCCUGAACCGUGCCCGCGGGCCCGUCGGUAAGGCAGCACUCACCCCAUCAGCCUGCUCGGGCCAGCGGGGAACGUCCGGGCCAUCGGAGCUCGGGUGGGUCCACAACCGGCCUCAUCGCCCUCAGAGACGUGGCAGCCUCCCUGCCCCCAAGUCUUGCGGG